UGUGUGUGUGUGUGUGUGUGUGUGCCUGUGCCUGAGUGUGAGCAUGCUCUGUGUGACCAGGGAAACGGAGAAAGCUCUGGCUUUGCUGGUAAAGUCCCUCUCCCAUAGGGCCGUGCAUGCGUGUGCACAGGGAGACAGAGAGACAGAGCUCUAUUGAGGGACGUGGAUCCCGCUAGAACAGCGUGGCUGGCCCCGCGGCUGACUGCCCUGUCAGGGCUCUCUUCAAUAGGCCCGGGAUCCCGCUAUAUAACUGCAGGCCAGGGCCGCUCGCGCUACGCACCCCAGGGACUCUGCGCAUGGACCCAGUCACGCCGUGAACCAGCCCACAACCCACAGCACACGGCCAUGCUGGGCUCCUUGGACGUCCUCUAUAGCGUGCUGAUCCAUAAGCUCAUGGCAGUGUAUGAGGAGCAGGAGGCCCAGCAGAGGGCGACAGUGAGCCCUGGGCGCUCCAGCCCAGACCCAUGUGACCCUGAGCUGUCCGUCUUCCAGCCCAACAGAGGAGGCGAGAUUGAGGUCAACUCCUCCGCCCUCAUGUCCGGUACGCCCCUGCUGGUCAGCUGCGGUAGCGACUCCGCCCUCAGCCCCCCGUUUGACAUCCACCCCCCCCAGCCUGAACACCUCGACAGCAGGCCCUCCUGUACGGACUGUGUGAAAGCGGGGACCCCCGUGCCUGCUGACGAGGGAGGAGCUCGGGACAGGACCGGGAGUGAUGCAGCCCCUGCCAAAAUGAGCCAGGCCCCCCUCAGGCUGACGCACACAGUGGAGAUCUCAGGAGAGAGUGGACCCCUGGGCAUUCAUGUUAUUCCAUACUGCUCCUCCCUGAGUGGACGGUCUCUGGGCUUGCACAUUCGGAGAGUGGAGGAGAACAGCCGGUCGAAGAGGGAGGGGAUCUUCCAUGAGGAUGAGUGCAUUGUUAAAAUCAAUGACACAGAAUUAAUGGACAAAUCGUUUGCGCAGUCACAGGAAGUGUUCAGCCAGGCGAUGCAGUCCCCUGCAGUGCGCCUCGAGGUUGUGCCGGGCCUCAACAGGGAUCGCUAUGAGAAGAGCCUGAUUGGUCAGCUCUACACUUUGGAAAGGCCCGAAGGCACGCCCCUCCCGCUCACCACGGAACCGUUGUCCCGUUCCAAGGAGACGCAGAGCGGCCUGGAGGCCCCCUGCCCCGCCCCUCUCGCUGUCCCCCUCUCAGCCCCCUGCCCCGCCCCUCUCUUGAACUCAGCCCCCUGCCCCGCCCCACUCUCACUGCCCCCACCGGGAAAGAGUCACAGCCCCCUGCUGAAGAAAAGCCCUUCCCUCCCCCUCCCCCCGACUGGGGGUGUGGCCAGUAAGAAGGGGGGCAGGAAACUGAAAGUGGAGCUGAGGAAAGGGCCAGAAGGCUUGGGUUUCACAGUGGUCACGAGAGACGCCUCUGUUCAUGGUCCUGGACCCAUCUUGGUCAAAAACAUCCUGCCCCGAGGAGCUGCUGUCAAAGAUGGCCGUCUGAAGUCAGGUGACAGGAUUUUGGAGGUGAACGAGGUGGACUUUUCGGGCCGAACGCAGGAGCAGCUGGUGGCCAUGCUGCGGAGCACCAAGCAGGGAGAGACGGUGUCUCUGCUGGUGGUCCGGCAGGAGCAGAUUUUCCUCCCAAGAGAGCUGAAAGGGGAGCAGACAGGGGCGCAGUGCUCGGAGAAGAGGAGAGAGCAGCUGAAGUUUGAGAUCCCUCUGAAUGACUCCGGUUCGGCUGGUUUGGGCAUCUGCCUGAAGGGGAACCAGUCCCGCGAGACGGGGGCUGAUCUCGGAAUCUUCAUCAAGUCCGUCAUCCACGGCGGGGCGGCCUACAAGGACGGCCGGCUGUGUGUGAAUGAUCAGCUGAUUGCGGUGAAUGGGGAAUCUCUGCUGGGGAAAUCCAACCACGUUGCCAUGGAGACGCUGCGCCGGUCCAUGUCCAUGAAGGGGAAUCUGCGGGGCAUGAUCCAGCUGGUUCUGCUGCGGGGCCCCGCCCGGCCCAGCCCGCCUCCCAAGCAAGCCGGAGAGGUGCCUCUGGCCCAGCUGAGGCUGACUGACACGCCGGCCGGCCCCGCCCACACCGCCGUGCCCGCCUUCCUCUGGGAAAGGCCUGGGGUUCCAUUUGGCAUAACUAAUGGGCAUCAUGAAAACGUGCAUGGACCAGAUGACCAUGAAAAGGACCUCUCUCCUUUUCCUCCCAGACAGUCAGGGUCUGAUCCCCUGCAUCCUCCCCUCCAUCAGACUGAUUCACUGCUUUUCUCUGUCACAGCUGCAAGCUUUGAACACGUAUGUGAUUUUGGUCCGAUCCUGUCUCUCUCCAGAGCGGAGCUGGCCCAGGAGCCAGGCUAUGGCGGUCCCCCCCCACCCAGGCAGUCUCGGCACCCACUCCCCCGAGCACCCGGGAGUACGGACCCGGAUGAAAAUGGCAUGGGACCUCUGGAGGAGCCAGUGAAAGAUCAUGGGAAGGAGUCAGACCCAGUGUUGGAGAUUCAGGAGCCCAGCUCUGUGGAGAGCCAGCAAACUGGUGUGUCCGAGGUGAGGAAGAGCGAGCUGCUCUUCCUCCUCCUCCCGCGGGCCCGCAUGGCGCGAGGGCGUGGCUGCAACCAGAGCUUCCGGGCGGCCGUGGACAAGUCCUGCGCUGGCCCUCUGGAGCACGGUGAGGAUGACCUCUCAGAUGGAAGCUCUGGACAGGGCAGCCCCACUAGCGCCACCUCUAGGCAGGUAAAGAAGAAGACAAAGGAGAAGAAGAGAGAGAAGUGGAAAUUCAAAGGGCUGGGGAAAGAUGGGAAAAUGGAGAGCACAGAGGAGAAAGACCAGAGGAUGAGGAAGAAAGGAUUUGCAUUCUUAAGGUUUGGGAGGAAGAAAGAGGCGGAGUUGAAGGUUUUAUCGCUGAAAAAAAAACAAUGCAGGAGAAAAGGUCAGCGGUGCCACGUGAGGAGAAGCAGGAGAGGCCGAAGGAGGAGCGGGAGAGGUGAGACUGCUUCCUGCUUCCUGUUUCCUGUUUCCUGUUUACUGUGUGUGUGUGUGGGCUGACCCAAGGUUCUGACUGACUCACUCAGAUGCACGGGGGGGCCAGAGAGAUCUCGGCUUCACUCCUGCAUAUUAAACAUGCCAGUGAGAAUAUUUUAAUCUGUCCUGCUCGGAGUGAUGAUGGCAGUGCGGAUGAAUU